AUGAACAGCCCAAUAAAGGAGGACGAAGACCAGGGGCUUGUGGGGAUGGGACUUCGUGUCUCAGUGUCCCCUGCACAAACUGCCUUCUACGUCAUCCUGGUGAUGCUGGGCGUCCUGGGUAAUGCCACUGUGGUUGGGGUGAUCGGUAAGAGUGUGAUUAUGGACCGUGGUGGAGGACGUAACUCGGAUAUCAUUAUCAUUAACAUGGCGCUGUCUAACCUGCUGGUGUCUGUGAUGCGGAACACACUGCUUAUUAUUUCAGACAUGGGACUCCAGCUGUACUCAUCCAAAGAGUGGUGUCAGUUCCUAAUGGGUGUCUGGGUGUGGCUGCGAUCGGUCAAUGUGUGGUCAACACUCUUCCUCAGUGCCUUCCACCUCCAGACUUUGAAGCGCGUGGCUCCCACAAUCGGGAACCCUCACGGGCCCCGGGCCGCUCCUAAGACCCUACUGCUGAGUCUUGGCCUCAUCUGGCUUCUCAACUUUAUUUACUCCAUUCCAGCUCAUAUAUUUUCCACUAGUGGGGAUGUUAACACCACAGAGACUCUGAUGCUGGUGAGCAGCACAACACGCCCCCUGCUGGGCUGUGUCUGGAACUUUCCCUCCAGCUACAGUGGCCUGGCCUAUGCCACCACAUCUAUGGUGAUCCACGAGACAAUUCCCAUAAUCUUGAUGGCUUUUACCAACAUGGGCUCCCUUUUCACUCUCUACACCCACGGCAGGAAGCGCAGUUCGGUGCAAGAUGCACCUGUCAUAAAACGGGUGCCGGCUGAGAGACGAGCAGCCAAGGUGAUUCUUGCCCUCAUAAUGCUCUUCAUUGCAUCCUGGGGAACCAGCAUUAUCUCCGUCAACUAUUUCAACUACAACCGUGGCUCCUCAGCUGAGUUUCUUCUGGUCAUUGCUCGAUUUGCCAACAUUAUCUUCAUCGCCAUGUCACCUGCUGUUCUGGCGCUCGGCCACAGGCGGCUGCGUUCUUUCAUCAAGUCUAUGCUUUCUCACUGACAGAGCUGCAGCACUGAAGCUUGCCAUGUCCCAGGGCCACCACCAUCGGACUGAACCCUACAAACAGCGAGGCAGAAAAAUGGGCCACGGUAAGCAGCCCUUCAGCAUGGUGUCCCCCAUCGUGGUUGUAGUACGUCACCGCGGCGACCUGUAGCGCCCAGCAGACCACGAAGAGCGACACCAGCGACAUGAUAACAUGAGCUGCCUUGCGUUCCAUGGACACAUGUUUGUCCAGCUCUCCGUGAGUUCCUCCUGACUCUCCCCCUGCGGUGACAGCUCUGAUGUGCUUGGCCAGAGCGUGAAGCGUGGCCAGAUUAGUGCAAACCAUCAGCACCAGAGGCAACACCUCAUUAAGUGCCAGUGAAGUGGAGGCGAAAGCUGAGCCCUGCUGGUUGGAGGGGAACUCCCAGACGCAGCCCAGCAGAGGCCUGGUGGUGCAGCUGAUCACCAUCAGCUCCACGGUGGUGUUGCCGUGAACAUGGGUGCUAUAUACCAGAGCUGGAAUAGAGAAGGCCAGAUUAGCCCCCCACACCAGCCCCAGAACGAUCCAUACCCUCCGCCUCUCCCUCUGCUGUGCGAGAGGUCCGAAGGUCACAUGCUGUCGUCUCAGGGUAGUGCAGUGGAAGACGCUAAGUGCCAGAGUCACCCAACAGCCCACAGCUCGCCACCACACCCACAGCAGCAUGAAGAGUCUGCACCAGCCCGGAGACAGAGACACAUUCAAGCCCAGGUCUGACACAAAGAUGGGCACUGUGCGGAAAAGGGAGGUCAGCAGGUUGGCCAGUGACAGGUGCACCAAAAUAUUGUCAGAAGGAGGGAGUCUCCGAGCCGGAUUCUCACCGGCUGACUGAAACACCUGAGAGUAAGAGCAAGGCAGACUGAGAACAAGCUUACCAAAAACAUUUGGCCCACAAGUACAAAUGUAAUAUUCUAUAUUUUCUCACCACAUGGAUGACCAAGAUGUUUCCCAGGAUGCCGGAAAAGACCAACAGCCCAAACAAAAUAGCGUCUACAGUGAGGACUUCUGACAUGGCAUCAUCCUCUGCAUGGCGACACAGUUUGCUUUGUCUUUGUGUAGAGCGUGUAUGUGAGCGUAGAGGGAAACAUCAAGGCUUCAUCUGUACCGCUACUGCUGCUGAUAUUCCUCAUGGUAUUUUAUAUAUAGACACACACACAAACAAUUAGGUUCAUCGCACAGAAGGUUUCGUCUUUGCUGACCAGGUUCAAGGUCGAUUUAGUUCAAUAUGCUGAUGCUUUCACUGUAUGUGCAAAUGGCAGGCAUUUUCCACAUUUGCUUUCCACAACACAGGCCAACUGUAAACGUAACGCUGUCUCUUGACCUGAGCAAUCACAUCAAGAGGCAUGGGUCGCUGUUAUUUGUUUUGUUCACAACAGUUUAUUCACAUUAAAGUACUCAUACUAAUCAUCGCUUAUCGCUGUUGCGGAAAUGCAUGUUGUGAUGAACCAGUGAUCCGCCCUUGGUGUUUCCCCUGUUGGCUCAUUUAUUUUUCAGUUUAUCUUGGUAAUGUCCCGUGACUGGCUUGGCUAAAUAACAAUACGUAAUAUCAGACAAGCAUAUAUACCAAGAACUACUAAUCACACAGAUUUCAGUAAUUAUCCAAUGAGACCAUUCAGGAACAGGUGGUGCUGAGUCAGUUCCACUGAUGCAGCAUUCUUUUUCUCUUAUUAGUCAGCCAUUCAUACUCUCCCUGGGUGCCAAUUGUUUGCUGGGUUGCCAAGUUUUUCUCUUGGGACGAGGCAAUCAUUCUUUAGACCAAUCUCAACUAAGCACUCCUGAAUUAAAUGCAUUGCAGAGAACAGUAAUGCACCUUGAUCAUUUAUCAAUAUUAGAUUUCUUCCCAUUGUGUUUGGGCUUAUUUAUUUUCAGUAUAUUUUCCUUCAUUUUUAAGAAACCAUUGUGUAACAAAAAAAAUGAACCCUACAAACUUGGUUAAAGGCUGUCCUUUAUUCAUGAUGAUAUAAA